AAUCAAAUGAAAAGCUUGGGGAGGAGAAGAAAAAUACAUCGGGUUCGUUGUCUAAAUAAACUGAAAAGAGAAAGUGAAAGUAAAUUUGCCGUCGACAGACGGGAGGGUCGAAGACCAACAUGGCAAAGAAAGAGAAGACGAACGCAUUUUGGGGACCUUAUAUUUCAAACAGACAGUGGGGAACAGUUAGAGAGGAUACCAGUACCGACGGAAACAGCUGGGACAGUUUUAAAUUUCAAGAGGCAGGGAAAAGACUGUAUUGUAGUGGAAAUGAUGGGUUGUUUGGGUUCUGUAGCGUUUCUGGCUACCGGUACUUUAUUACAAAGCUUAGUCUAUGGAACCACAAGGAUGAGAUCAUCAAAGAGAGACUUUUUGGAUUGAGUGGAACUGAGGGAAACCACGGUGAGGACGUGAAGGAGCUCUUUUACUAUGUGGAUGGACUCCCAGACCACUCCUACAUGAAAGCAUUAUACAGGUACCCACAAAAUGAGUUCCCAUAUGAAGAGCUUCUACAGAGGAACUUGGAGAGAAAUCAAAAGGACCCAGAGUUUGAACUUACUGAUACAGGAAUAUUUGAUGAAAAUGAGUACUUUGAUGUGGUGGUGGAGUAUGGAAAGGACCCUGCCAAUGAGAAGAAUCUAGUGUGCUGUUACACAAUCACCAACCAUUCCAGUCAGUCAGCAGACAUCACUGUUCUUCCACAGUUCUGGCUUCCUAACGAUGUUUCACAAAAAAUUCCAGUUGCUGUCGAGUAUAAUGGAGAAAAAUUUUGCAUCAGCGUUGACUGUGGCAAAGAUGUUACUCGGAAAGAUAGAUUUCUUUAUAACAGUGAAUGUUCCUUUGAAGAUUGUGUUUUAAAAGAUAAAAAAAGGAAUUCGGAAUAUAGGUCAUCUAAGUACGGAUGUAUGAUAAGAGCAAAACUGAAUCCUCAUGAAACAAAGCAGAUGCAUUGGUCAGUAUUUGAAACAUUAAAACAACCUGAGUGUUCAACUGAAGAAAUCAUGAAAACCUGUAGAAAGAAAGCAGAAGAAUUUUAUUCCAAAAUUUUACCUGGUAAUUUUUCUCCUGAUGAAAAGUUGGUGGCCAGACAGGCAUUUGCUGGACUUCUGUGGAACAAGCAGAUUUAUUAUUACUAUGUAAAAGGGUGGAGAGAGAAAUUUGAGAAACAAGUGAUAAAUCUACUCUCACCAGGUUCUUGCUGUUCUUUGGAGGAUGUACGAAGAGUUAUGGAGUCUGAUAAGAUGAUGGAUGAUCUGAGUUUUGUACACAAGCACAAUACCCAACAUCUGAGACAGAAAUUGAGAUAUGAAACUAAAGAAAAUAAAUCAUUCUGGGAUAUCCUAUGCAGGAACAGGGAGUGGAAGCAUGUUAACUGCAAUCAUAUCUUGUCUGUUCCAGACAAAUGGGAAUUUCCCUGGUUUGCUACUUGGGAUACCGCCUUCCAAAUGUUGCCUUUUGCCAGAAUAGAUCCAAGCUUUACCAAAGAUCAGCUUCUGUUGUUUCUUGGGAAGGAUUACAUGAAAAAAGAUGGACAGAUGCCGGGCUGUGAGUGGGACAUGGACCUACCCUUUCCUCCGGUGUAUGCAUGGUCAUGUUAUCAUGUCUUUUCCCGCACUGGACACACAGACAUUGAGUUCUUGCAGCAUUGCUUCCAGAAAUUACAGCUGAAUUUUAAGUGGUGGUUAAAUGCUAUGCAGGUAGGAAAAGGUUCCUAUCUCUUCACUGGUGGAUUCUUAGGGAUGGACAACAUUUCUGUGGUAGACAGAUCAUUUCAUCUGAAGCAGAAACAUCCUCUGAUACAGGCUGAUGCAACAGGUUGGAUGGCAUUCUUUGCCCUCUCUAUGUUAGAGAUAGCACUGGUAUUGUCCUCGGAACAAGGUGCAGACCACAAAUACUACAGGGCUUGUGAUGAAUACCUUGAGAAGUUCAUAUUUAUAUCCGAGGCCAUCAACAGAAAUAUUGCCAAUGGAGGUUUGUGGCAACCUCAUGACAAGUUCUUCUACGAUGUGGUAGAAACAGAGUCGGGGGAUAGAACUCCCAUAGCUCUGCGUUCCUUGGUUGGGAUAGUACCAUUAUUGGCUUGCCUGAAUAUCAAGAUGUCACAACUCCAAUCAAAGUCAGGGAAAAAAAUAAGGAAUCAUCUAGAUGAAUUAAUACAGAAGAAUUCACCUUUUGUCAGAACAAAUGUUGAUGGUGACUAUGUUCUCUGUGCAGUACCAAAAUCCAGAUUUCUGCACAUCCUGAGGCAUCUUACUGACGAAGAGGAGUUUCUCUCACCAUUUGGAAUCAGAUCCUUGUCAAAGGUUUACGAAGUGGAUCCAUACAUUUUGACAGUUAGCAAAGAUAUGCAAGAAUAUUUGGAUUUGAAUGAAUCCAAAUUACAGGUGAAAUUCACCCCUGCUGAAUCAGAAACAGCUAUGAUGGGUGGCAACAGUAACUGGCGAGGCCCUAUUUGGUUAUGUAUGAACUUCUUGAUUGUUGAGAUGCUGCUCAAAUUGGAAAAAUUCUAUGGAGAUGGAGUCAAAAUGAUCCACCCAUCUUCAACCAAUGCAGCUUUGACCCUGGGUGAAAUGGCUGAGGAUAUCUGUAAAAGAGUGUCCAAUAUUUUUGCAGUCAACAAAAAAACAAAUGCUAGGCCAUGCCAUGGAAACUAUGAAAAAUAUAGACUUGAGAAUUCAUGGAGGGACCUUGUGCUGUUCUAUGAGUAUUUUGACAGCGAAACUGGAAGAGGCUGUGGAGCAAGUCAUCAGACUGGGUGGACUUCGUUGGUUUUGGAGUUUCUGCAUCUGAUCCGACACUCCGAGUCUACCAACAUGACAAAGAAAUACGACAACUACUGUUCGGCGUUUGAUAAUGCAUCCGACUUCAGCGCAGAUUAAGUUGAAACAGCAUUAACAUUUAUUUCCUAGAUUCAAAAUUGACUCAGUGCCAUGAUUUCAUUACAUUUUUAGAUAAUGACUGUACUAGUAAUUUUUAGUAUUGUAGAGAUGGCCUAAAUAUGCAAAGUGCAAUUAAAUCAACUUUUUAAUAUUUUAUGUAGUUCUUAUUUACAUAGUUAUGCUUGGCUAUACGCAUUGGAUUCAUGAAAUAAAAGUAGGAUUUUUUGUCUGUUUAUUCAGUGUUCUAAUUGUCUACGAUAAAAACUUGUGAUUCCUAAACUCACCCGCCAAGUGAGAGAAUAAUAGCAGUUUACACCUUACAUAUUUUUCAAAGCCAAACAAUAAUUAAGUGAAGAUAUAUUCGUCAAUCAGUUACGUUUGUGUUUGCCAGCUGUACAA